AUGGCUUAUUCGAAUUAUGAGAGCAGCAAGAAAGGAAGUGGUAAGAAACUAAAAGUGCAUUUUGAUCUACCUGAGGAUGAUGAUUAUCCCAAUCACAAGCGUUCUGGUUCUUUAGGAUCUGCUAGAUCUUCUUCAUCAGAUUCUGAUGACGGCAUGGACAAUGGUGAUUCUAAGUAUAGUGGCAUGUAUGGCUCUCCUGUGUGGAGUUUCCAAGGAGGGUCAGUGACCCAAUCUCCUCCACUUCAGCUCAUGAAUUCUCCUGGGUAUGACCCUAACAGAAUCCCAUCUUCUAUAUUUAACAAACCUGCAAGUCCUAUGGAAUGGAGUGUCGCCUCAAAUGAAUCACUGUUCAGCAUACACAUAGGAAACAACAGUUUCUCAAAGGAUCAUGCUUUUGCAUUGAGCAACAGAUCUGGGGAUUUUCCUAGGACUGCUGAUACAGCAACACUGCCAUGUGUUCAAGAGGUAAAUUCUAAAGACAAAAAUGUGGACAUGGAAAGACAAUCUUUGUCAUCAGAUUCUCCCAGUGAAACUUCAGAUUCAGUUACAAAACAUGAUCAUGAGAAAAAAUCAAGUGAAAAUGCAGGUUCAGUUGUUGACACCAAGACAGGAACAUCACAAGAUGUUUCCACAGAUGAGACAGUGUUGGACAAAACUCCAGAUGGUCAUAGUAAAGAAGGAAAGAUGCCUAAUGGGGAACCUAAAAAGGUUUUCCGUUCCAUGGGAAGCGAUUUAAGUACACGUUCAUUUCAAUUUCCUAUAUUGACAGCUGAAGGAGGAAGAAAUAGUUCAUCAACAGAAGAUACACCAGAAAAGCAAGAAAAAGGUGAAAACCAGGAGCAGCAGGCAGAGAAUGAACUGCAGAAAGCUUCUAGUUCAAAAUCAGAAAAGGCACCAAAACAAAGUGGCAAAAGUUGGUGUUUCUGCUUCAGCUGUUCACCAUGUUUUUGA